AGGAGGAAUGAACCGUUGGUGGCUCUAGUCAAGCUUUGGUUAAAUUGCCGUAUUAAUUAUCUUUAUUGGCUAACAAUUUAGCCUCGUUUGAACGGAUUUAGAGAAGGCGGCGGUGGGACGUCUUUGCUAGCGCCGCCGCCGCCGCCGCCACCACCAGGCAGUCUCGCGACAAAAUACACACUGAUUGAUGAACAGGACAUCCCUCUUGUGGAAAAUUACGCCUUUGAGGCACGCAUGGAGGUUGAUGCCGACGGUAACGGUGCAAAGAUCUUUGCCUAUGCUUUCGAUAUUGGCAAAGGCCGCUGGGCGGGAAGGCCGCUGCACGAGCUGCUCUGGGAGAAGCACCGAGGAGGCAUUGCCCCAAGUUUCCAAGUCAUCCACAUCAACUCUGUGACGGUUGACAACCGGCUAGACAACUUGCGACUGGUCCCUGUCGGCUGGAGUCCCAAACCAGAAGAGCUUUCCAGCAAGCAAAGGGAGCAGUCACUGUACUGGCUGGCCAUCCAGCAGGUUCCGGCCGACCCGGUGGAGGAGCAGUACCUGGAGCUGAGCCGUACACGCUACUACAACGCCAAUGGCGAGCUGGUGGAGGAAGAGGAGUGCUCGUGCACGUACUACGAGUGCCACUACCCGCCUUGUUCGCUCAUCGAGAGGCGGCUCCGGGAGUUCAACAUCUGCGGCCGCUGCCAAGUGGCGCGCUACUGCGGCUCGCAGUGCCAGCAGAGGGACUGGCCCGCCCACAAGAAGCAGUGUCGGGAGCGCAAGCGGGCCCUGGCGCUGGAGUCGGAACCGGAGCGGUGAUUGGAAAAAGGGAAGAAAAAAAGGCGUUUUGAUAUGCGGGUUGAGGGCACGGGGAAGGCGAGGGACUAGAACCACAGAGACAAUGGCGCUCGCCUCACUGGUGGAUUGGAAGUUGGUGAUGAACGAACAUGUGCGUACACUUCCAGAACUGGUUAAAUUCUCCUUGCUUCUCACGUGGACGACAGGGAAAGUUUUUGUUUUGUUUUCGUCUUUUGGGGUUUGGCGUCACCCUCCGAGCUCGACCUGCUGCUGCUAAUCGUAUCGCACGUGAGCGGUAACGACUCGUCUUGCCCACCAACUGGACCACACUCAGAUACGGACGCCAUCUUCUGUUCAGAUUGGAUUACACUAACAGUAUUUUGUGUGUGUGCGUUGUAUGUUCUGCCAAGGACUGUGGGUAUGUGUGCGCGCGCAUCUUCUUAAAAGGGGCCAUAUUCCAGUUUAAUUUUAUAUUGAAUCCAAUUAGACAUUUUCACUGUUCUCUAAUAAAGUAGCUGCGGAAUUGUGGCGUUUUUUUUUUUUUUUUAUAAAUAUCUUUUGUUUUGCAGCCGACGGUACAAACUGUCCAUCAUUUAAGUCACCUUUAUAUCUCCACUGUUUGUGAACAUCUCUGGUUCAUAUUUUUUAGAAUGUUGAUAAAGCAGGGUGUUCCAAAAAAAUGUUUGAUCUUUUGUCACAGCGUUUGCCUAGUAGCGUACUGGCAAUUCCCUAAGUCAUUUUUAAAUGUUUUCUGUCUUGAUUCAACCUUUGUAAAUUACCAUGACCUGGAUGACUGAGAAUCUUCACAGACAAAGGGAAACAAAGUUUUUUUUGUUUUGUUUUUUUAGCAAGCACAUUAGUUCUUUUAUUUGAUAGUGUCAGUAAGUUAAAAAUAACUUGGGCAAGUACACUAUUAGGCUAGCGAUAUGAAUAUGUUCAACAUGCACACCACCUGUGACACGACAUGUCUUCUGUUUUGCCUUGCACUUAGUUUAUUGUCCAAAUCUGCUUUCCAGUUGGUGUAUUUUUAUUGAAUAUCCUAUGAAAUGCUCACCACACACUCCUGUUUUACUGCGUUUGAAAACAUUCUAAUUCACAAAAUGCCUUUUGAUUGCUAGUGAAUGUCAUUCUUCCAGUAAAGCAAAGUUUUUAGACAUCUUGUUAAAAUUUGAGAUCACUUGAGCGACAAUUUGCUAUCAUUAGACCCUGAAGUGAAGUCAGAUUUUUUUGGAACACCCGGUAUUUUUGUUUCUGUCCAAUGAAAAUCACUUUUUUUUUUUUUCCUGUUUAUCUGAAACUGGCUUUGUGGAGAUUCAUUCAUGCUUUUCAUUGGGAAGCGGCCAUUUGGUACUUUUGGCUUCGCUAAUUAAUGAGAAAAAACAACGCUCUGUUGAAAUGAUUCACAAAUGGUGAAAUGAUUAUUUAAAUCCCUCCAACGGUAUUAUUGCGUGCGUAUGUGUCUUGGGGUCACUUUUUGUUGAAUAAAUUUUAUCAAUGGAGCUCUAUUUAUUUAAAAUAUUUGUGAAAACCUAUUUAGUGGUAGGGAUAUUUGAAGGCAAACUGAAGUGGACAAGACAGUAUGAGACAUAUUUCAGCUUUUUAUUUUGUAAUCCUUCUGGGUGUUAGGGCGGGGCACUAGAUUGUUUUUCACACGCCUUCCAGGUUCUCCGUACGAAAACACUGUUCACUGAAAUCUUCCAUAAGGUUUAAAAACUUGAAUCCCUCACCCCUUCUGUUUGGUUUCGCAUAGUUUUUUUUUGUUUAUUAACAAACCACCUUGUAUCCACUUUUUGCCUUCCUCCAUUUACCCACAAUGCACCUGCUUAGUCUGUCUUCGCUGAGGAGUCCAGACACUUGGCGCAUGUGUGCCCUAUGUUGACAUGCGACUCAUUGAUUGUGUAUUUUGUAUGUGUGUGUGAACAGGAUUUCACCACUGCACUAAAACUCGGCUCCCAUGUUAGUCCUAGAUGGGGUAUGAUUUCAACUUCCCCACCCCCAUGUUCUUUGUUUUUUUUUCAAGAAUAUGACAACGACUCACUUAGAAAUUAAGAGCUACAAUAUGUGAAUAGAGUCGGGCGAUAACACAGUUGCUUUUCCUAUGUAAAAUGAUGGUAAAAUAAAAAAUGAACCUCA